UCUCCAUAAAUACCAGUUCACUUCUACGAAUUGUGCAGAUUCAAAGAAGCAGCUUAAGACAUAUAACUAUCUAUACUCAUUCGUCUUUCUUAAGCUCACAAAACUUUCAUUUUCUCCUUAUACUUUUUCUCUUCAAUAUCUUUUAUUGUGUCUGUAUGUAUCAUUGAGGUGCUCAUAAUAACACAGAAUAUAAAUAUACAGAAAAUACACUUUUCUCUUCUUUUUAUCGAUUAUAUACCACUCCAACUAUCCUACUAUUUCUUCUUCAUCAGAACUUUUUCAGGAAGCAAAAACAGGAAAAGUAAUUUCACUGAUUUUCAGAUUUUCUUCUGCAGUUUGCCACAUCUUCUGUUAUAUAAAGGUUUACUAUGGCGAUUUCACUACCUGCCUGCCAGCAAGCACAGUGCCUUCUAACUUUUCCAAGGGGACUUCACAUGGAUCAAUAUAUUCCGCGGCGCCAAAAGAACAAGGUUGUUAUAGUAGUUGGCCCAACGGGGACGGGUAAAUCAAGACUUUCGAUUGAUUUAGCCACCCGCUUUAAUGCAGAGAUUGUGAACUCUGAUAAAAUGCAAGUCUAUAAAGGACUUAACAUAGUAACAAACAAAGUGACAGAAGAAGAGUGCCGCGGAAUUCCCCACCAUUUAUUAGGCAUAAUUGAUCCUGAUGUGGACUUCACUUCUGAUGAUUUUGUACAUCAUGCAUCACUUGCAGUGGAAUCCAUUAUGAGAAAAGGCCGGCUACCAAUCAUAGCCGGUGGCUCAAAUUCGUACAUCAAGGCAUUGGUGAAUGACGAUCUUGAGUUUCAAUCAAAAUAUGAAUUUUUCGUCCUUUGGGUGGAUGUAUCAAUGGCAAUCCUGCAUUCAUUUGUCUCAAAACGCGUUGAUCAAAUGGUUGACGCAGGUUUGGUCGAUGAAGCCAGGGAAUUUUUCGACCUCGAGGCAAAUUAUACGCGGGGAAUUAAAAGGGCCAUUGGUGUGCCAGAAAUGGAUGAAUUUUUCAGGAAUAAGUCAAUUGUUGAUUAUGAAACGAGGGCUAAACUUCUUAAGGCAGCAAUCGAUAAAAUCAAAGAUAACACGUGCAAAUUGGCUUGUCGUCAGCACCAAAACAUUCUUAGGCUCCAGAACCAACUAAAGUGGAAUAUGCACCGCCUGGACGCGACGGAAGCAUUCCUCAAACGUGGGGUGGAAGCUGAUGAAGCUUGGGAAAGAGUGGUGGCCGGGCCAAGUGCCGGGAUUGUUGAGUGCUUCCUCCAUGACGAUGACAUUAAUCUCGUAUCAACCAUAACCGCACCACCAACCUUAACCGCGGCAUCCGUCAUCGGAACCACCAAUGCCACAGCCGUCGCAACGGUCACCCACUGAUAGGACCCCCAUCUAUCAAAGAUCAGCGCCAGCCGUAGAGGUAAAUCUUUGUCAAGGACACGUGGCAGACACCCAGAAUCUACCGUUACCUUUUUCUACUUUACAAAGGUUGCUAUCAAGUCUUGAAGUACCUAAAUUUGGGCGGCCGUACAUUUGGAAGAAUUUUAGGAAUCCGUGCUGGGCUUCUUCUUCUUCUUCUUUUUUUUUUUUUUUGGAAGUUAAAUCACUAUGUUGUCAUGUUAUAUUAAAAUAAAUAUAGCACAGACUUUGUAA